CAGACGGCUCCGGACGGGACCGCGAGCACAGGCCGCUCCGCGGGCGCCUCGGAUUCCCGCGGGACCCCUGCCCAGCCCGCCCGUCCUGUCCAGCCGCCUGCACGCCCCAUCGCAGGCAGCUCUCUCCCUGCACAUCUCCUUGGGCGAGCCCAGCAAGGGUAACGUGCAGCCACCAUGUUCAGCUGGCUGAAGCGAAGCGGGGCACGGAACCAGCAGCCCGAGGCCAUCCGCACCGUGACCUCUGCCCUCAAGGAGCUGUACCGCACCAAGCUGCUGCCUCUGGAGGAGCACUACCGCUUUGGGGACUUCCACUCGCCGGCACUGGAGGAUGCUGACUUCGACGGCAAGCCCAUGGUGCUGGUGGCAGGCCAGUACAGCACGGGCAAGACCAGCUUCAUCCAGUACCUGCUGGAGCAGGAGGUGCCAGGCUCCCGCGUGGGGCCGGAGCCCACUACCGACUGCUUUGUGGCCGUCAUGCACGGUGACACCGAGGGCACCGUGCCAGGCAAUGCCCUCGUCGUUGACCCAGACAAGCCCUUCCGAAAACUCAACCCCUUUGGAAACACCUUCCUCAACAGGUUCAUGUGUGCCCAGCUCCCCAAUCAAGUCCUGGAGAGCAUUAGUAUCAUUGACACCCCGGGCAUCCUGUCAGGUGCCAAACAGAGAGUGAGCCGUGGCUAUGACUUCCCAGCUGUGCUGCGCUGGUUCGCCGAGCGUGUGGACCUCAUCAUCCUGCUGUUUGACGCUCACAAGCUGGAGAUCUCGGAUGAGUUUUCCGAGGCCAUCGGCGCCCUGCGCGGCCACGAGGACAAGAUCCGCGUGGUGCUCAACAAGGCCGACAUGGUGGAGACACAGCAGUUGAUGCGCGUCUACGGGGCGCUCAUGUGGGCUCUGGGCAAGGUGGUGGGCACGCCUGAAGUGCUGCGUGUCUACAUCGGUUCCUUCUGGUCCCAGCCCCUCCUGGUGCCCGACAACCGGCGCCUAUUCGAGCUGGAGGAGCAGGACCUCUUCCGCGACAUCCAGGGCCUGCCACGCCACGCAGCCCUGCGCAAGCUCAAUGACCUCGUGAAGAGGGCCCGGCUGGUGCGGGUUCACACGUACAUCAUCAGCUACCUGAAGAAGGAGAUGCCCUCCGUGUUUGGAAAGGAGAACAAGAAGAAGCAGCUGAUCCUCAAGCUGCCUGUCAUCUUUGCUAAGAUUCAGCUGGAACAUCACAUAUCUCCGGGCGACUUUCCCGACUGCCAGAAGAUGCAGGACCUGCUGAUGGCUCAUGACUUCACCAAAUUUCACUCACUGAAGCCAAAGCUGCUGGAGGCGCUCGACGACAUGCUGACACACGACAUCGCGAAGCUCAUGCCGCUGCUGCGGCAGGAGGAGCUGGUGAGCACCGAGGUGGGAGUGCAGGGUGGCGCUUUUGAGGGCACCCACAUGGGCCCGUUCGUGGAGCGAGGGCCUGACGAGGCCCUGGAGGACGGCGAGGAGGGCUCCGACGAUGAGGCCGAGUGGGUGGUGACCAAGGACAAGUCCAAAUACGACGAGAUCUUCUACAACCUGGCACCAGCUGACGGCAAGCUGAGUGGUAUCAAGGCCAAGACCUGGAUGGUGGGCACCAAGCUCCCCAACUCAGUGCUGGGGCGCAUCUGGAAGCUGAGCGAUGUCGACCGGGAUGGCAUGCUCGAUGACGAGGAGUUCGCCCUGGCCAGCCACCUCAUCGAGGCUAAGCUCGAGGGCCAUGGGCUGCCCACCAACCUGCCCCGCCGCCUUGUGCCACCCUCCAAGCGGCGCCACAAGGGCUCUGCUGAGUGAGCCAGCUGCUGCUUGCCGGCCCUCCCUCCCACUUGCCUUGCUGUGGCUCCCCAGCUUUGGUCAGCUGCACAUACAUCCCCACUGUGGCCCACACGCACCCUGCCUGCCCACCUUCCCAGCUGUAAGGAUGGGGGUCUCUCUACCCCUCACUGCCAGACAGAGGGGACCAGGAGAGGGGCAAGUCUUCUCUGCCCACCCUUCACACGUCUACCCUCACAUACAUUUAGGUACAUCACACCGACACUAACACCACACGUAGCGGCAUCCAUCUAUUCAUCAUUCAAUCAAGUAUUUAUUGAGCACCUACUACAUUCGAUGUUUGGGGCUCGUUCUAGGCACUUGGGAUUCCAGCAGAGAGCAAAAUAGACACAUAUCUGCUCUCAUGGAGCUGACGGGGGGCUAUGUAGGAGAGAGCACCUACAUAGUCACUCAAACAUACACAGACACACACCUGGCCCUAACCAGUCCAAUCCCUGAUUCUGGGCAAGACCCUUUGCCUUUCCCCAUAAAUGAGCAGCGACUUGGUACAGGCCCCUGUCCCACUUCCUCUUGCCCACCCAGGCAAGGACCCCCCCACCCCAUCACGUCCUCAGGCCUUGGGACUACUGGGGGCUCAGAGGGGAGACACAACCUCCUACAUACUCAGAUGGACCCCUCUGAGCCCCUCCCUGAGCUCUGGUCACACCCUUCUUUAAUAAGGAUCUUUAGGGGACAGAAAAGCCCUUUCCAUUCUUGCUCCUCCCAGACUGUGCCGACUUGAGGUUAUCUCUGCCCUUUGCCCACCAGCCCUGGAUUGAAAGCCAGGCCUGGCCCGUUGGCCCCCACAGCUGGUGGUCUGGGUUUUAGACUGCUGGGGCCCAGCCUCGCUGUCCACCAUCAGCCCAUAUUUAAGUGGAGCCCCUAUCAGAUAUAAAAGACCCCAGGGCUUUAUUUUAGUCCCCUUUUCAGGGAUGUCCUGGGAGCGGGGGGAAGGGAAGGGCUCUUGGUGCUACAGCCCUCCCUCCCUAUAGGGACCUCGAAACCCCUCACCUUUCCUGCCAUCACCACAUAUUAGUGCUUGACUCUAGUGGGGACUCCAUGGAAAAAAGGGGGAAGAGUAAAACAUGUGGGGACGAUGCCCCCUCCAGGGUGCUGGCUGGGAUUCCCACGCUCACCAUCACCCCCGCCCCAUGUCUGGGAGGGGCCUGUGAACGGAAUAGCGGCCCCACAGAGUGAAUAAAACCAAGGCUUCUUUCCA